UACUUCACAAGUAGGAAAACAUAAUUAUUUUAGGGCACAUUAACCAGACGCCACAUUUUAAAUUACAAUGUCGUCCGCUUUAGCACAAAAGUUUUGGGGCACACUUUGGUCGAUUGGUUCGAUUAGUCGCAUUGGGCAGCGCGUGAACCAUAUGUCCCACCAUGUGGACAUUGUAGCUAGCGAGGAGCAGCGGAUCUACGAUGAACCAUACGUGAUCUUCCAGAACUGGCUGGUAGCUGCCCAGGAACAGGCACCUCAAGUGCGUCCGCGACUCGCCUGCAUGGCCACCGUGGACAAGGCCGGCGAACCUGUGACCCGGCUGACCAGCAUCGAGGAGGUCAGCGCCAACGGGAUCACGUUCUUCACGACGCUGGGCAGUCGGCAGGCGGGCGAGAUUAGCGCCAACCCGCACGUAUCGCUGCACUUCAACUGGGCGCCACUCAUGCGCAGUGUUCGUAUAGCGGGAUCCGCCCACCAGCUAACGGAGGAGCAGGCGCUGGACCAGUUCCGCCGAUACCCACGCCACGUCCAGAUGUGCAUCACCCACGGACCACGAUACGCGGCUGCCGAGUGGCAGUCCCGCUCUGGGUUCUUUUCGCGGGUCGUACAGCGCUUGAACGACUGGCUUGGCAAGACGCCGGAGGAGAUUCCAAUGCCGCCCAACUGGGGGGGCUACAUCCUGACGCCCAGUCUCUUCGAGUUCGGGAUGCUCAGCGGAGAGAAGGCCAACAGGACUCGGGUGAGAUUCCGUCGCUGCCUUGAAAUGCCCAGGGGCACAAGAGUUGGUUCCGUUCAAGCUGAGAGGCAGGAUUGGGUCUACGAUUCGUGUGAAGAAAAUUGAAAUUAAAUUUACUUCAGAUCUUGUCAUACUUGUCAUACUAGCCCCAAAGUAUGUUAUUAUUUUCAAAAUUUUUUGUCAAAUAAAUUUAGUUUUUAUAUAAAGCUAAAACCAUAAACCUAAAUUA